UCUACAUCUACUCAUUCAGAAGACCGUCCGCACCCAUUUUGGCUCAAGUUGCCUGCACGACUGACGUCGGCUCUCGUCCUCGAGUUGACCCCGCUCCAGAACGCCACCGGGCCGGAGUCCUGCUCCGCCUCGCUCGCGAUGGCGGCGACGACCUAUGGCAACGUGGCCGCCGCCCCGCCGCAGCAGCAGAUUAUGGGGGGAGACAUCUUCAUGGGCGCGCAGAAGAUCUUCAUCAAGCAGGAAAUGGCCGUGAUCGAGCUGUGCGGAAUCGAGGCGAAGCAGCGCUACCGAAUCUCCAUCCCGACGCAGGACAACCAGGAGGGCCAGGUGUUCCUGUACAUCUCGGAGGAGUCGGACUGCCUCAUGCGCGUCUGCUGCUCCAAGAACCGCGCCCUCAAGCUGAAGGUGCAUAAUGGGCCGUCCAAGGAGGGAGAGGUGAUCCAGACCAUGGAGAUGCCGUUCCACUGCAGCGGCCCUUGUCCGUGCAUGCGACCCAACUUCACAGUCCAGUCGGGCGGCGAGACCAUCGGAAGCAUCGAUGACCCCUGCCACUGCUGCACCAUGGACCAGAAGGUGCUGAGCAAGGACGGCAGCGAAGUCUUCACCGUGGAUGGCUCGAUCUGCCAGGUCGGCAUGUGUUGCCCGUGUUGUGCUCCCGUGACCUUCGAGGCCAAGAAGAACGGCACCAAGGUCGGUGGCGUCGAGAAGCUCCCCCUUGACCUCUCGGACUGCUGCAUGAAGACCAAUCGCUUCAUCGUGGACUUCGGAGCGCUGCAGGAUCCCAACGAGCGCAAGCUGAUGCUCGCCUCCGCGAUGCUCCUGGACCUCGAGUACUUCGAGGAGGACAAGUAGGGAGGCGGCGGCAUCCCCUCCUCAUCCUCAUCGUCCCUCAUGCUCCUCCCCGCCACCGCCUGUGCUCCACUACUCGCCAUCUCCAGCCGCGGCAGGCCCAAGCCGGGCAAUCGCGCAGCCCCGAUCCGGCAAGCCGCUGGCGCCGCCAAGAGGGCGAUCCCCCGAGCUCCACCCCCCCUGCUCUCUCGUCCUUCCUCCCCCUCCUGCUGCUCCUGCCCGCACCCCCUCCCUUCUCUCCACCCGCGGGGGAGGUGCGACCCAGAGGGUCCGCUCGCAAUGCGCAGGUGGGCGGCCUGCGCUCCUCGCUGGCGGGGGCCCUCCUGUGACGUGCCCUUGGCAACGCUGUCCUUGGCAACUGUCGCAUUUUCCCCCAGCGUGCUGAUUUGCAGGCGCUCUUCGGCAAAGCACGCCAUCCGAUCGCCUAUCCGUGAGCGGAGUAUCGUCCGCUGCGUGAGCGGUGUAUCGUACUGGCCCUGUGAGAGCCUGCAGCGACGUUCGCCCUCCCGCUUCUGCCCUUUGCACUUCUCGGAUGUGGCGAGCUAUCGCCAGCCCGGGGUUCACUGCGCGGGGCGGCACCGUGCGCAGAUUGCCUCUACGCCGUAAUGGCUAUCGAACGGGCGAGACGAAAAAAUAAAUCAUUCUGAAGACCGGUUGCCUGUCUCCCGUGGCAGCUUCUGGAUGUGCGUUUGCUUUCCCGC